GCUGUCCAAACGUUGCCAAGUGCACAUCGACAGAGCUCUCUAAUAGAUUUUUCUCUUUCAGCUAUUUCUCUAUUUUUGGAGAUAUUUUCUUGAUUUUUUCUUUUGCAGGUAUUAUUAUUUAUUUAUUAGCAUUGGUCUAGACCAUUUUUCUGACCAUUUUCCAGACCAUUUUCCGGAAAAAUACAUAUUUUCACGGCAAAGUCUGAUUUGUAAUUAAAAGCUUGAAAAAUAUUUUUGGUCGGCGGACCGGAGAAACGCAAUUGAUAGUGGGGAGAGGCACUCCCGUUGGCUGAGCGUUUGUGAUAACGCGGUGAAGCGGAGGGAGAUGGCAAGUGUGUCACCCGGUGAUAAAGCAAUUGGAGGGAAAAAGAGCAGCAUUGCUCUCCCUUCGGAUGAGAUGCAAUCGGAUAUGAAUUGCGAUGAGAAUGAGACGGACAAUAAUGCUGGCUAUAUGGGAAGUGGCGAUAUGGAUACUGAUGAUAUCAAUGAGGAAGAACGUGAUCCCGGUGUGUUGAUCUCAAGGCAAAUUGAGAAAUCAAGGGAUAUUAUUGCUAAUUAUAAGCGAAGUAAGGUGGAUAUACCGCCCCGCAAGAGAUUUUAUCCCGCUGAUGCUAAGGGUCCGUACCGCGUCUAUAUACGCAAAUUGGUCAACAACAGGUCGAUCCCCGAAAUCUCGUUGACAAAAAAAUUGACCGGCAAAUAUAAGUCAAUCACUGCAAUGAGGAUGAUCGUGAAGGAAAAACUAUGCGUGGAAUUCAGCGACCUAAGGGAAGCAAAUGCACUGCCAAACGAUACGGAUUUCAAUGUAGACUAUCAUGUGUACAUUCAGUGCACAGGUGUGGAAAUUCAAGGUGUUGUACCUUUUUCACUCGGGGAAUCCUUGAUUGUAUUGCAGAGAGAAGGUGCUGGUCGUCUCAAGACGCAAAUGAGCAAAAAGAUUGAAAUCAUUGAAGUCAAGAGAUUGUACAAAGUGGUCAAGGAAGCAUUCAAAUGCCCUAAUUGUGAUGGAACAUUUCCAGAAAAAGCCCAUGAUUGUCCAGUGAGGGAUGCCAUCCGUGCGAAGCAAUAUAAAGCCGCGGAAGAUAAUCAUAAGAAGCUAUAUUCAGAAAUUUUGAGGCAACAGACCCCUGCAAACGGUGCUGUGAGAGCAACCCCAAGGCGAUCCCAGAACACCCAACCCACGAAUAGAUUCGAAGCACUCUCAGAGCCAGAAGAUGAAGAAGAGGAAGAAGGAGCAGUGGGUGGAGUACAGGAAGAAGAGGCAAGUAAUCAGGAGAGACAACGAAGGCAGAAGAGGAAUAGAGCAAAGAGAUCAUCAGAAGAUAUUGAUGAAUCCUUCUGGUCCAGUCUGGGUGCAGUCCCAAAGAACAGAAGCUCUGUACAGCCCCAAGUAAGCAAAGCACCACAGCAACAGCGAAAAAAUAUUAAGAAGAAACAAGACAAACCAUCUGAAGACGAUCAGGAAAGCCAGGAUUGGAUCGAUAAAAUUGUGGAUAAGUUCGUUGAGUGGAUCGAAUCUUUUGGACUGAGUGAUGGAUUGGUUGAAAUGAUAAGAGCUGUGGUUGCCCCAUUAAUCAAGAAUUUAAUAAGUGAAAUGAUACCAGCGCUAAUGACCCGCAUGUUCUCUGGCCUAUGCGGCAAGAAUGAAUGAAUUCGAUAGUACAUCUGAACGAGAUGAUCAUGGAGUGCGUUUAAAUUUGGUUCCGCCUGUUGGUGGUGAUGGGUUUAGAAUUAUACAGUGGAAUGUUAAUGGUAUAAGAUCUAGAUUGCAGGAUGUAUGUGUUCUUAUGAGAUCUGUAGGGGCUGAUAUUUUUGCACUACAAGAAACAAAAGUCACAGAACGAACAAAUGUGCGUGUACCAGGAUAUGAUAUAAUAAGAAAUGACCGAACAAAUCAUGGAGGAGGGGUUAUGAUUGGAGUAAAAAGUCAGUUGAGAUGGACAAGAUUAAAUUUUGAUAGCCAGAGAAUUGAGUGUAUAGGCGUUAGGGUUUCAUGGCAUGAUGAAUCUUUUAUAGUUUGGUCGAUUUAUUCUACAAGGGAUAAUGAGUUAAGAGGAGAAGAUCUAAACAGCAUUAUAAGUGUUUCACAGGGAAGUAAAAUUUUCUUACUGGGAGAUUUUAACGCUCAUUCUGAACUAUGGGGUUCGCUUGAAUCUGAUAACCGAGGGAGCGCACUUGAGGAGUGGGCACUUCAAUCGGACUUUGUUAUUGUGAAUGAUGGAAGACAUACUCGAAUUGCAUGCCCUCCUAGGCAAUCUUCAGUAUUAGAUCUCUCCUUUGUAUCACGUCAGAUAGCUCUAAGGUGUGAGUGGGAUUUGGUGAAUGACUCCCUGGGUAGUGAUCAUAUACCAGUUUAUUUGUUGAUUCAUGGACAAGCAGAUAAUUCGCAACCCGAAAACCCUACUGAUGCUUUAAUUUCUAACAACAUUGAUUGGAAGAAAUUCAAACGAGAAGCUGCAAAUGCUUUCAGUAAUGCAAGAGAAAAUUUUGAUUGUGUUAAUGACAUGAAUGCAUUCUUCAAUGAAGUGGUCAUUGAGGCUGCUAGAAGAUCAGAGCGACGAUCUCAGGGUUCAAACAACAGACAAUCUAAAGACUGGUUCGAUAAUGAAUGUAAAAGAGCAUGGACGGAUAGGGCAGUCAAAUGGGAUGUUUUUAGAUGUACAGGGUUAAGGGAAUCUUUUCUGGAGUGGAAAAGAGCUGAUGCAAUUGCAAGAAAGCUUUUCAGAGAAAAACGCAUCCAGGGGUGGAGGCAGAGAUGUUCUAAUUUUUCGUCAACAACCUCAUUGCAGGAAAUGUGGAGUAUAGCCCGCAGCUUUCGAGGAGCCCGACGACAGAACAGAUCAAAAUUUAAUCCUGAAUGGAUGGAUGAAUUCGCAAAUAAAUUGGCACCACCCUUUGCCCAGAUGUCUCCACCUAUGAACGAUCAAGAUCAAGACCCAUCAUUAUUAAAUUUUCAAUAUCUCGAACACGAAAUAUCCCAUGUAGAAAUUAAACAUGCAUUAUCGCAAAGCAAGAAUAAAUCACCAGGUUUAGAUAGAAUAAGAACUUCGUUUCUAUGCAAUUUGCCGGUGUGUGGAUUUGAAUUUAUGGCUAGUUUGUUCUCUAGGGUUUGGGUUGAAGCAAGUAUCCCUGAGGUGUGGAAAGAAGCAAAGGUCGUACCAGUCCCUAAGCCAAACAAAGAUUUAAAUGAAUUAUCGGGGUAUAGGCCCAUCAGUUUGCUGUCGGUUGUUCGUAAAGUUUUUGAGCGAAUAAUUCUGAACAGGCUUGAAUUAUGGGUCAGCAGUAAUUCCAUAAUCCCAGAAUCUCAAUAUGGCUUCAAAAGAAAGCGUGGGGUCACAAACUGUGUCGCUGCCCUCUAUACGAAAGUACAGAUUGGGUUUGCACGCAAACAACAGACAGGAUGUCUAUUUCUUGAUGUUGAGGGGGCGUAUGACAAUGUGUUGGUAGACGUUCUAUGCAAAAUGCUUCUUAAUUUGGGCCUAAGUGGUAGGAUUGUACAAAUACUAUGGGGUCUACUAGCUGAAAAGCACCUCAGUUUUGUUGUUAACAAUACUAUCCUUGCGAAAAGAAUUGGUCAAAGAGGUCUUCCACAGGGGUCCGUGCUUUCCCCAGUACUAUACAACAUAUAUGUACACGAACUGGAUUCUAUUCUGCCGCCGGGGGGUUUCAUGUUGCAGUAUGCGGAUGACAUAAUGAUUGGCAUCAGCUCACGGAACGAAGAGAGUAUUGAAUCUACAUUGAACGAAGCGGGUCAGCAAAUUUACAUGAAAUUAGGGGAGCUUGGACUUAAGUUGUCUGUGUCAAAAUCCGUAUCAAUGAUGUUUUCAAGGAAACAUCAAGAUCCAAUACUCGAAGUGUCCAUUGAGAAUAGAACCCUUGAAUGUGUAACUUCCUUUAGAUACUUAGGUGUUAUAUUUGACAGAAAAUGCCGUUUUGCAGCACACAUUAGAGAAGUGGUAGCUAAAUGCACCUUGAGGAUUAAUUUUCUCAGAGCCGUAGCAGGAUUUGAAUGGGGAGCACACCCCUUAAACAUGUUGAUCCUAUAUAAGACAACUAUAAGAUCAGUACUUGAAUUCGGUAGCAUUGCAUUUGCAGGGGCAGCUGCGGGGCAUAUGCUUAAACUGAACAGAGUUCAAUGGAAAGCUCUUAGAAUGUGCAUGGGAAUCAUGGUGUCUACUCAUACACUUAGUCUUGAAGCAAUAGCUGGUGUUAUGCCACUUAGUUUAAGAUAUGAGUUUCUGAACACAAGAUUUUUCGCAGGUGCGCUACAGUACCAGCCAACCCUUUGGGCUGAUCUGACACUUCUUAAUUCUCUUGAUCCUAACAACAGACUUUGUAAAAUCACUAGAGUUAUUGAAAGUAUGGGCUUAACAGCUGAGAACGUAUGGGGAAACCCUGUUUCUGCUAUCGUGAAUGAGGUCAGCGUAAAUAUCUGUUUUGAUGUGUGGGAAUGCGUCAAAGAUAUUGAGAAGGAGCUACGAGCAAAUGUGUCUCAGCACUACCUGUACGAAACUCUAAACCGAAGGGAAUUUGAUAAUGC